AGUGAGUUGUGAAGCUGAACAGCCGGAGUAGUGGAGAGGCAGCAACAGCACAGAUGUGCUCCACUGAACAGCAGCAGCAGGGCUGUCUCUCUCCCUCACACACACAUGCGCACACACAUACACUCACAUGCCCCUGUAGUGAAAGAGCACACCAUCACCAGCUCAGGCUGUCACAGUGGCAGAGACACAAAGCCCUGUGUCCAAUGGGAACCAGAAGCUGACUCUGGAACACAAAGAAGAGAGAGAGAGGGGGAAAGAGACUUCAGUUGCCUUUUCAUCUGCAGAGGCAGAGGGAAGAGGUUGAUGCACUAUAGAUAGCGGGAGCGAGGGGGAGCGAGAGGGGGAGCGAAGCAAUUGCAGUCAGGCUCAGUUGCUGCUGUCAAAAGCUGGAGGCUCAGUGAGUAUUAUCAUAGGAAGCUGGUUGAGCAACAUCACAGUCCAACACACACACACUCUCUGGACAGACGGACCGCAGAACCAGAGACGCACAGGCAACACACACACGCCGAGUGAGGACCAGGCUUGCGAACGUGGAUGGACCACCGGUCAAGAUCUGGGUGUCUGGUGCAGUGAUCCAGCCCCAGUGGUGCAGAGGUAGUGAGGGGACAUGGCAGCCGUUCCAGGCCUGGGGUGGCCUGGCCUGCUACUGUUGCUGCUGACUACUCUGGCCUCCACUCAGAGCCAAGGCUGUCCCCAGCGCUGUGAGUGCAUGGCCAAGCUCAAGUCUGUGGCAUGCCAGGGCAAGCGUCUGUCUGCCUUCCCCGACGGCAUCUCCUCGGACACACGUCUGCUGGACCUGAGUGGGAACAGGCUUCGCUGGGUGGAGCAUGGCGACCUCCUCUCCUUCCCUCGGCUGGAGGAGCUGGACCUGAGUGAGAACAUCAUCACCGUCCUGGAACCCAACGCUUUCUCCAGCCUGCAGAGCCUGAGGGUGCUGUCGCUGAGGGGUAAUCAGCUCAAACUGGUCCCCAUGGGCGCCUUCUUACGCCUCACCAACCUCACCACACUGGACCUGAGCGGGAACAAGAUUGUCAUCCUGUUGGACUUCACCUUCCAGGACCUAAAAAGCCUGAGGAACCUGGAGGUUGGUGAUAACGACCUGGUCUACAUCUCCAACAAGGCCUUCCUGGGCCUGGUGGGUCUGAGGGAGCUCACCAUUGAGAGGUGUAACCUGACCUCCAUCUCCAGCCAGUCUCUGUCCUACCUCCGCAGCCUGGUCACUCUGCGCCUGCGCUACCUCAGCAUCUCCUCCCUGGAGGACCAGAACUUCCGUAAACUGGGCGGGCUGCGGGGGCUGGAGAUCGACCACUGGCCUUUCCUGGAGCACAUCUCCCCCCACAGCCUCCAGGGCCUUAACCUGUCCUGGCUGUCGAUCACCAACACCAACAUCACCUCCGUGCCCACGGCCGCCCUGCGCAGCCUGCCCCACCUCAUCAGCCUCAAUCUCUCAUACAACCCCAUCUCUGUGCUGGAGUCCUGGGCCCUGAGGGACUUGGUCCGUCUAAAGGAGCUACACCUGGUCAACACCAACCUGAUGAUGGUGCAGCCGUAUGCCCUCGGCGGCCUUCGGCAGAUCCACCUGCUCAACCUGUCCACUAACGCCCUGGUAACCCUGGAGGAGGGUGCCUUCCAGUCCGUCAAUACCCUGGAGACGCUGCGUGUGGAUGGGAACCCUCUGUCCUGUGACUGCCGCCUGCUCUGGAUCCUCCAGCGCAGGAAGACCCUCAACUUUGAAGGGAAGUCCCCAGUGUGUGCGGGCCCCAUGGAGGUGCAGGGCAGGGCCCUCGGCGCCUUCUCAGACUCUGCCCUCUUCGACCACUUUACCUGCCAGAAGCCCAAGAUACGCAACAGGAAGCUGCAGCCAGUGACUGCCAGGGAGGGCCAGGUGGUGUCUUUUGUGUGCCGGGCGGAGGGUGAGCCCACACCUAUCAUCUUCUGGGUAUCUCCCCAGCGCCGCCGGAUCACUACCAAGAGUACUGGACGUGUCACCGUCCUACCCGAGGGAACGCUGGAGAUUCGCUACGCCCAGCUGACCGACACCGGCACCUACAUCUGCAUUGCCAGCAACGCCGGGGGCAAUGCCACCUACUUUGCCACGCUGACCGUGAGUUCACUGCCUCUGGACGCUGCACUCAUGGCCAACCGCACAUACUACACAGGUGACCUCAACGAGACCAAUCUGAACGACACCAAGGUCUUCCUCAAGUUCACCUUGGACCUCAAGACAAUCCUGAUAUCCACAGCCAUGGGGUGUUGCUUGUUCCUUGGCGUGGUGGUUUUCUGUUUCCUGAUGCUGUUCGCAUGGAGCCAGGGCCGGGGACAGCACAAGAAUAACUUCUCAGUUGAGUACUCUUUCAGAAAGGUGGACGGCCCUGCAGCCAGCGGCGGACAAGGAGGGGCACGCAAGUUCAACAUGAAGAUGAUUUGAAUCAGAAAACGGGUCACUCUGUUUACUAGUAGACUCAGAUGGGGACACAAUAAUAACUUUGGACUUUAUGAUUCGGAUCCCUAUUGGUUCAGAAAUCAACACAUUAGGUGAUCUAAGACAAUGUACUAAAACUUUGUUUUGUAUUUGUAAAUGUCUGUAUCAACAAAAAGUAAAUAGGUAAAUGGAUUUGGUACAGACACAUUUUCUCUCAUUUGCUAUUUGUGUAUUGUGGUUUAUCUUGUGCAGAGGACUCUGGAUGAUAGUUAAAGAUGUCACUAAAUCCCAUUGACUGUUAAGAUUCAAAACACAACACCCCUGCACAGCUCCAUAUGUCUCUCUGCAGUGCACCCUCCCCUUUUAAGGUUCUUAAAGGGGAGGGUGACCUGGGGCUCCGAGGUAUGGGAACGCAUGGAAAAAAUGACCUUUAUAUUAAAGCAUUGCAUGCAUUAUCACCGCUUUUGCUUACUGGCAUAUAGUAGUAUAGUAGAGGCGCCUGUAGAAGUUGCACACAUGGGGCAAACAUGGGGCAAACAUUUGUAGUCUAGGGUCCGGGAAAAAUGUGGCCUUUUAUAUUUCAUUGCAAUUCUACAUCAUUUUAGAUGACUGGAGACUAGCAGAAUAUUUUUUAUACCUCACAAAUUAUGAAAUUGUCAGGCUACUUUGACACUGACAAACUGAGAAUCUGAGAUCAAUAAAAAGGACCUUGUCUUGAAUCCAUCAGUAGCCUAGGCCUAGGUUUGUGGAGACACAUAUCGUACAAUAUGAGGAGGAAAAUAUAGUCAUAAAAAGCUUCCAGUUUCACUGACUCAACCAAUGAUGAGCAGCUCACUCAUGGACAUGGCCGAUGCGCUCGUGCCAAAAGCUUGUCGCUCUCGUUUUACUUUGUAAGACAAUGCUGUUUGCUUAAUAGGCCUAUUUGGAAGUUGAUAACUUGGUAGCCUACAAUCAGAUUAGUAUUGUCUUUUCAGCAGGAUCCCUUUAAUUUCCAACCUGUGUUUUCUCGCGAUUGCAUUUUAAAUAUGGCGAAAGGCCUGUUUUGGCUGCAUGCUGUUCACUGACAGAUUUGCCUCGAGUUCCUGACUCUCAGCAUGCCUUGUGAUUGGGCUACACACAAUCCACAGCAAGGCUAUUUAAAAAAAUAAAAAAAUAAGAUAUUGA